AGCAUGGGCCCCUCAUGUAACGCACUGCCUGUGUCUGGCCACCGCCCACGCGCUCUGGGGCUUCAAGACGACGCGCGCAAAGGCCGACCACGCUUCACACCACGCCCAUUUGCAUCCCUACAGUCAGCAGCCUAACGAGACCAGGCAUGUGCACGACGGCAUAACAGUCGCAUCGCCCUCUUUUGACUCCUCCCUCUUGCUUCCCCUCUGCGGCGGAACGGGCCUCUUGCGCUCCGUGAGCAUUCUCUACUCUGGUCUAUCUAUGUUCAAAAAGCUCCUGGCGCGUGGCAAGCAGCUUGUACAAUCACCACAGAAAGGCGCGUCCGAUCGCAAGUCUACCCAGCAUCUCAACGGCGCAGCUGCUGCAUCCAAUUUGCCAGGUGAAUUUAGAGAUACUGUUGAGCGCCCAUCUCAACCGCCUUCUAGUCCCAAGGCAGCGCAACGGCAUCCAGAGCAACAGCAUCAUGAGCCUGCAACCAGGCCCGUCUUUGGCGUUGCCAUUGACAUAGCUACCUGUCGCUCCCGACUUUCUAGUACGGUGCCCUUGCAGGAUGCUGACGGUGUGGAUGUGGAAGCCUUGUUCAGAUAUUGGUUGCCGGGUGUUGUAUGCCAGUCACUCGAUUACCUAGAUGCUUACGUCGCCGAAGAGGGCUUGUACCGUGUUCCAGGUUCUACACACAUGGUUCAAUCACUUCAACACAGCUACGACAUCUCUGGUAGCAUACAGCUCGAAAGCAUCGCAGGCCUCCAGAUUGCCGACGUAGCCAGCCUCUUCAAGCUGUACCUACGAGAGCUUCCACAACGUCUUAUCAAUCAAGUUUUGGCAUCUCGCCUGGAGCAGGCAAUUGCCAGUGAUGCAGCAGAAACUAAUGCGAAUCAGAGUACCACUCUAUGCUCACUGCUACGUCAGCUAAGACCCUACGAGUUCUACCUGCUACGUCGCCUUUGUGAGCAUCUCUUUCGCGUCCAGGCCGUGGCUGAGACUUCCAAGAUGACCAUCUCAAACCUCUGCAUCGUCUUUUGCUCCUCAAGUAAUCUGGGCAUAGGGGCCAACGUGCUCAGCAAGCUGAUUGCAGCACCCGACGUGUGGCAAGGCCUGCGCAGUGAUGGAGAGAUAGAAGCGAUAUCGUUGGAGAAAGAGGUCGCCUUUGUUGCGAUUCCGGAUCAGCCUCUCGUGCUGCCAACGCCAAUGCCAGCAGAGGACAAGGCUCGCAUCAAGGCUGACCGGCGCAAGUCCAUCUGGCCUAUUCGUAAAUCUUGAUUCUUCUUCAACGCUACAACGAUGCUCUUGAUGCUAUUGUG